AUGGGUGGGCAGCAGUUAAGCAUGGGUCGCACUUCUCCACCUCGACAAGUGGAUAUUGCCAUCAUAGGUGGAGGUCUAGGUGGCCUCGCUUUAGCCGUAGGCCUGCACCGCCGCGGCCUGGCCGCCCACGUGUUCGAGGCAUCAUCAGAGCUGCGCAAGGAGACCAGCACCAUGGUCGGCCUGGGACCCAACGCGCUGGCGGCCCUGGGCGACUUGCACCCCGACCUGCCGGAGCAGAUCAGGCAACGUGGGGUGUUGAACAACAACGUCAAGACCAUGAACUUCCCCGAUGGGGCGGAUAAUCCAAUAAUCAACGUUCGGCCCGGCGGUGGCGGGGAGCUGUGCACCAUUCGUUGGGCCCAGGUCCAUGAGGCAUUGGCCCAGGUCGUGCCGCCAGAAUUCGUACACUGCAAUCACGCGGCCACGGGGUACGACGAAAUCUGGGACGAGCAGGGGAUGGAUAACGGUACGGACGUAGACGAGUCAGCAACCGCAACAACGGCAAUGGCGUCCUCGACAUCAGCUGUCAGGCCAGCUCACCGUGCUGUCGUACACUUCCGAGACCAACCCAGCGUAACGGCCAAGCUGGUGGUGGGAGCUGACGGAGUGUUUUCACCCAUUCGAGCUGCCAUGUACCCCAACGACCCUGGCCCGCGCUACCUGGGCCACAUGAACUGGAACUGCCUGAUCUACAACCCCGGGGGCAACACAGUGGCACACGCACAUGAACCAGGUCAACUGUGUAUCGCCAACAACGGUUUGUUGGGAGCCGGGUUGAUCGUCCCCUCGCUCUUCGCCAUCGUCUGUGAUGCGGGUGGCGGUUACACCUUCUGGCAGCCGCCGCCAAGGGAGGCAAACGGCACAGGUGCUGCUGGUGCUGCUACUGGCGGUGCCCCCAACGGUGACAGCGAUGCAAGUGGCAGCGGUGGCGCCCGACGUGGUCGUGGCGGGCAGGGUGUUCCUGGCAGCAAGGCGCGAGUCAUUGAGCGACUCCAGUCCGCCGGUUGGCACUGGUGGUUGCCCCUGGUGGAGGCCACUCCGGAGUCGGCCAUAUUCGAGAGGGCGCUGUACGACAGGGUGCCUCUGGAGCGUUGGGCCAGUUCCGGAAGAAGGGUCGUGCUGCUGGGGGAUGCAGCACACGCGAUGCACCCGAUGGCUGGACAGGGAGCCCGAUCGGCAUUUGAGGACGCCCAUCAGCUGACGCUGGCUUUGGAUGCCUUAUGGCCCGAUGUGCCCACCGCCCUGGAGCGAUACCAGCAGGCACGCAUCUACAGGCACGUGCUCUAA